GUGACAUUUUCGACUGAGCAUAUUCUUAAUUCCGAAAACCAUAAACCCUGUCACCACUCACCGCAAGGCCUCGAGUCUCUCUCUCGAAGGUCACUUCUUCUUUCCUUUUCGUUUUUCAUGCGAGUCACCAGAUCUGUUCUUCUCGGCCUGACAGUAGCGUUGAGUUUCAAUCUUUCGUAAAAUGGCGAUCAAAGCAGCUGCAAUAUGCUUUGCGAUUUUAAUCUAUUCAAUUUCAGUGGCUUCCGCCGAUUCAAUCCACGGUUGUGGCGGAUUCGUCGAGACAAGUUCGUCUCUGAUCAAGUCCAGGAAGUCGAAUGACAAAAAGUUGGAUUAUUCUCAUAUCACGGUCGAGCUUCGAACAGUGGAUGGAUUAGUGAAGGACAGAACUCAAUGUUCUCCUAACGGCUACUACUUCAUUCCGGUGUAUGACAAGGGUUCCUUUGUAAUUACGAUAAAUGGACCAGAAGGGUGGUCUUGGGACCCAGAUAAGGUUCCUGUUCUUGUCGAUGACACAGGCUGCAAUGGGAAUGAAGACAUAAAUUUUCGUUUCACAGGGUUUACAUUAUCGGGUAGAGUUACAGGGGCUGUUGGUGGAGAGAGCUGUUCAAAUUUGAAUGGUGGUCCUGCAAAUGUUAAUGUUGAGCUUUUGUCUCCUAGUGAUGAUGUUGUAUCCUCGGCAUUAACUUCGUAUGAAGGGAAUUACGUCUUCUCAAAUAUUAUUCCAGGGAGAUAUAACUUACGUGCUUCACACCCCGACUUAAAAGUGGAAGCUAGAGGUUCCACAGAGGUGGAAUUGGGCUUUGGAAACAGUAUUGUCAAUGAUAUCUUUUAUGUCCCGGGUUAUGAUGUUCGUGGUUUUGUUGUUGCUCAGGGAAACCCAAUAUUGGGAGUUCAUUUUUAUUUAUUCUCAGACGAUGUCAUAGAGGUUGAUUGUCCACAAGGUCCUGGUAAUGCUCCUGGACAAAGAAAAGCUCUAUGUCAUGCUGUAUCUGAUGCUGAUGGGAUGUUUAUAUUCCAAGCAAUACCUUGCGGUCGUUAUGAGGUUUUGCCAUACUACAAGGGUGAAAAUACUAUUUUUGAUGUUUCACCUAGCAUCAUCGCCGUGAAUGUUGAGCAUCAACAUAUCACAAUUUCUCAAAAAUUUCAGGUUACUGGAUUUUCUGUUGGGGGACGUGUUGUUGAUGCAAAUGAUGCAGGAGUUGAAGGUGUUAAAAUUAUAGUAGAUGGUCAUGAAAGAGCUGUCACUGACAAGCAAGGGUUUUACAAGCUUGACCAGGUAACUUCUAAUCAUUAUACAAUUGAAGCUAGAAAGGAGCACUUCAAAUUCAACAAAUUGGAGAACUAUUUGGUACUGCCAAACAUGAUUUCUGUCGCUGAUAUUAAAGCAACUUUUUAUGAGGUCUGUGGCUUUGUUCAGACUAUUGGUGAUGGUUACAAGACCAAGGUAGCGUUGACUCAUGGACCAGAAAAUGUUAAGCCUCAAGUCAAACGAACAGAUGAAAAUGGCAAUUUCUGUUUCGAGGUCCCACCUGGUGAAUAUCGCCUAUCUGCGAUGGCACUUUCUCCCGAAAGUGCUCCUGGACUACUGUUCUCGCCAUCUCAUGUUGAUGUUACAGUCAAAAGCCCCUUACUAAAUGUUGCUUUUUCACAGGCACUAGUCAAUAUACUCGGUUCUGUAACAUGCAAAGAGAGAUGUGGUGCAUCAGUAUCUAUUACCCUUCAGAGAUUGGCCAGUAAUCUCGUUAGUGAGAAGAAGACUAUCAGUUUGACAGAGGAGAGUACUGAGUUUCUAUUUCAUGAUGUCAUCCCUGGAAAAUACAGGAUUGAGGCUUCGCACUCAUCCCUUCAAGGCAUGGUUGGUAAAGAUGAUUGGUGCUGGGAGAGCAACUCAAUUGAAGUGGAUGUUGGCAUUGAGGAUAUACAUGGAAUUGAAUUUAUUCAAAAAGGUUACUGGGUUAAUGUUAUAUCUACUCAUGAUGUGGAUGCUUAUAUUUCUCAAAUGGAUGGGCCGCCUGUGAACUUGAAAAUCAAGAAAGGUUCUCAGUACAUAUGCGCGGAGUCUCCUGGAGUGCAUGAAGUUCAGUUUUCCAACUCUUGUAUCUCUUUUGGGAGUUCAUCAACUAAAAUAGAUACAUCAAACCUAGAGCCCAUCUAUUUGAGAGGAGAAAAAUAUCUACUAAAGGGGAAAAUUAAUGUUGACCCAGUCUCACUUGGUGUAUAUGAAUUACCUGAGAGUAUUCUGUUAAACAUUGUGGGUGCUGGAGGCAGUGUGAUUGAUAAUACUGAAGCCAAACUUACCUCCAAUGCCAAGGAUCAAUUAAGUUCUGCCUUGUACGAGUACUCUGUCUGGGCUAGCUCUGGAGAGGAACUCACCUUUGUUCCUGUGGAUACCAGGAAUCAGGAGAGGAAGAUCUUGUUUUAUCCCAGAGAGCAUCAUGCCUUGGUGAAAAAUGAUGGGUGUCAAGAUUCUAUCCCUACAUUUUCUGGUCGGCUGGGUUUAUACAUUGAAGGAUCAGUUUCUCCCCCUCUUUCUGGCGUUCAUAUCAGGAUUAUUGCUGCUGGAGAUAGUUCCAUUGCUUCCCUCAAGAAUGGGGAGUUGGUACUUGAAACUACCACUGAAAGUGAUGGCUCAUUUGUCGGGGGACCUCUAUGUGACGACAUAACUUACAGAGCUGAGGCUAUGAAGCCCGGUUUUCACCUGGAACACGUUGGACCUUAUUCAUUUUCAUCUCAGAAGCUUGGUCAAAUUUCUGUGAAAAUAUAUUCUAAAGAUCAUAGUGAAGAACCUAUUCCUUCAGUACUAUUAUCUCUGAGUGGUGACAAUGGUUAUAGAAAUAAUUCAGUGUCUGGUGCGGGUGGAGUAUUCCUUUUCAAUGACCUUUUCCCUGGAACUUUCUAUUUACGUCCGCUACUGAAGGAGUAUGCUUUCUCACCUUCAGCUCAGACAAUUGAACUUGAUUCUGGGGAAUCCAGAGAAGUUAGUUUCCAGGCUACCCGUGUGGCUUACAGUGCUACAGGCGUGGUAACUCUAUUAUCUGGCCAACCAAAAGAAGGUGUUUCAGUUGAAGCCAGAUCAGAAUCAAAGGGGUAUUAUGAGGAAACGAAGACAGAUGCAUCUGGAAGUUAUCGUUUGAGGGGACUGCUCCCUGAGACAACUUACACAAUAAGAGUAGCACAAAGAGAGGAUCAGGGUACUGCCAGAAUUGAGCGUGCAUCUCCUGGAGCAAUUACUGUCCAGGUUGGAUCAGGGGAUAUUAAGGGAUUGGAUUUUCUGGUCUUUGAACGCCCUGAAUUGACCAUUUUGAGUGGCCAUGUUGAAGGAAAGAAAAUCGAGGGACUAAAGUCGGGUUUGCAAGUGGAAAUCAAGUCAACGAGUGAGAUAUCUAAAGUCGAGUCUGUAUUUCCCCUGCCACUUUCGAACUUUUUCCAGGUAAAGGGCUUACCCAAGGGUAAGUACCUUGUGCAGCUACGAUCAAGUGAGCCGUUAAGCAACAUCAAAUUUGAGUCUAGCAUAAUUGAGGCUGAUUUGGAGGAGAAUAAUCAAAUUAACGUGGGCCCACUAAAAUACAAAUUUGAAGAAUAUUUCUUGAAACAGGACCUUACUGCAGCACCGGUACUCCCUCUCGUUAUCGGAAUAUUCGUGAUUAUUCUUUUUGUCAGCCUUCCAAGAUUUAAAGAUUUCUACCAAGCCACGGUGGGCACGUCGACAUCUGGGUUCACUGCAACUACGAAGAAAGAAGCACGGAGACCAGUUUUGAGGAAAAAGACGUACUGAGAACCGUUUUUCAGUGUCUAGAAUGCAAGAAACUUCCAUUUGGUCAAAUUUGUGAUCAGCUCAAUUUGCAACCUCACGCAGCUGAGGAAAAUUUCACGGUAGGCAUAGAAUCUUUAUUAUUUAAACUUAGAGGUCAAUGUUUGUUAUAAAAUUUUGACGUGUAGAUCAAUGACUGGUCAAGAUGGGAGUCCAAGGGUACACAAUUUUGAUCUCUAGGCUUCAAGCAACGUUUAUUUGCUUCCAUGCUUAUGUUAAUAUCAUUCUUCUAGGAAUUCCUCAGGUUCUAGUUAACUGAUUUCCUUAUUUGGAACAGAAUUAGAGAUGGAAAGGACUCGGUUCAUUUUCAUUAUGGAACAAUCAAUGUGCUGCAAUUUUAGUCA